AUGGCAUCCGAAACUAGAACCUUGAUGGGCAUAAAAGCAAACUACAAGCUCGCGAUUUUAGGUAAUUGCCAGGUGGGAAAAACUUCUAUUCUAACUCAAUUCAUCUCAAGUGAUUUUAAUGAGCGUUACUGAACCACGAUUGGGGUUGGUUUUUUAUACAAAACAUUUCAACUUGAAGAUGGGUUGUGAAUUUUCUGUAUUAUGAUCUAUCAGGUUCAGAAAAAUAUAGGGGUAUGGCACAGAGCUAUGUUAGAGGUUUCAUUAUUUCCAAGAAAAAUUAAAUUUUUUUAAUAAUAUUAUUUUCUAUAUUUCUAGCGAAAAUUUAUAUAAAAAAAAAUAGCUCAUUAUGCAUAUAUUAGAGAAGCUUCAGCAGCAAUUAUUGUUUAUGAUGUGAUAA